CAAAGCCUCACAAAGCCCAAUACAUUUCCACCUACCAAUAUCCAAAACUAUCCGAACAAACGAGAACUUCCCCCUCUGAGCCGCAACUCACCUCCAAAAAUGGCGUCGUCAAUCGUGCCGGCGUUAUUUUCUCCGCCGCCACGUACGGCGGCGACGUUAAACCGCUCCUCCGGUUCACCGUCACCUUCAUACACUUACCGGUUUCAAACCGUUGCUUUUAUGAAGCCGUUAUGGUUACCGUUAUCUCGCCGGAGUAGUUCGCAAAUCGUUCGUAUGGCGCCGGAUGAAGAGAAGAUGACUCGACGUUCUCCUCUCGAUUUUCCUAUCGAAUGGGAAAGGCCCAAGCCCGGACGAAGACCAGAUAUCUUUCCCCAAUUCAGUCCCAUGAAAACUCCCUUGCCUCCUCCUCUGCCGGGUGAUCCUCCAGAAGAGGACGAGGAAGAAGAAGAAAAGAAAGAGGAAGAAGAAGAGGAAGAUCCUGAGAAAGAAGAAGAUCCAGAUAAUAAACCAGAUGAUGUGCCAAUGUGAUGAUUUUAUUCCAACAACGCAGCAGGGCAGACUCGCGUUUGCUAUUGUUAGCUAAGUUGUGGCGGCUUAUGUACAUUGGCCCUAGGUCAUGUUCUAGAUAGAAUUAAUGGCACGAAGAGUUUUCGAUUUUUUUUGUAAUACAGUCUACUAUCCAGACAAUCAGUAGUGUGAUGUAAUCUUUUGUUUCAAGAAGACUAGUGUUUACUAUUCUUAGCCUACUCGUUGCAUCAUAUGUACAUUGGCUCUAUGCAUAUUGUACAUUGAGUUGAUGGCACAGAACUCUUAGAAUA